UAAGACGGAGCUGUAUGAGAUGUGUUGGACGUUGAGGGACAGUCUCAGAGACUGUCUCGUGGCUGCAGCUCCGUACGGAGGACCAAUCGCUCUCCUCAGAGAACCGCACAGACGUUCUCCCAGCUCUCGCCCUCAGUUAGAGAUUUAUUCUGCGUCUGGAGUCGCCAUCGCCAGCUUCCCGUGGAAAAGUGGUCCUGUGGUCCACCUGGGUUGGACGGUCAGUGAUGAGCUGUUGUGUAUUCAGGAGGACGGAUCAGUUCUGAUCUACGACAUGUUCGGAUCCUUCAAGAGACACUUCAGUAUGGGACAG